CUUAAACUUCUCUGCUUUCAUUAUCCCCCCAGGAAAACCACACUACGUUUUUAUUGUCUAUAUAAAAGAAAGUAAAAAUGUUCACUUUGAUUGGAUUGUCCUUGGCCCAUGGACUAAAAUAAAUGAUGGGGGAACUGGAAGUUCUCCUGCACUUAAAUAUUUCCUUGGGGCUAGGAGCUGUCCUUGGGGUCACAGGUACAGCACAGAAUGAGACAGCCGAGGUCCCGUGUUGUCACAUUACAGAAGCUGGACAGUGAAGAAAACACAGACUUUGGUGCUGGCAAGAGCUGUCAGUGCAAUUAACCGGUGGUGGGGUGGGGGUCCAAACGAACCCAGGGAAGAGUAGGUGGGCCAAGAUCCGUGGGUACAGCCUUCUAGUUGGGGAAAAGCAGGAGCAAAGGCCCUGAGGCAGGCAGCCAGUGUGCUGGGGCCGCAACGGAAGGAAGUCAGAGGCCGCCAGAGGCUGGGCUAUACUCAAAGCGCAGUGGGUGGCUACGCAGCGAUUCCCGCGAGUUGCCCGGUUAAGUCUGCACUGGGAGCGGAGCGCGCGGCAGGGCUCGGUCGGGAAGUGGGCCGACAGGAAGACUUCCAACCCGCGGCUGCUCUGCCCUGCCCGUGGGCCCAGGGCUGCGCGAACAGCAGCGGGCAUGGGCCGGUGCGAGGCCCGCGUGAGACGGCUGAGCGAGGGCUCCAGGUGCGCAGACCCAGAAUCGGAGUAUUUCAAGGGCUCAGUAUUGCGUCUGAGCAGCGCGUGUGAACAGCGUGUGACGAUCAGGUCAAGGCACUGGCGUAAUCGGUGAAUUAGAGUUAUCCUGCCCAGCAGCGCUCGUGCGCGUGCACCCCCUCCCUGGCCCGCCACACACCCCUGUGCUUACCGCUGGGUGGCAUCAACUUUUAGCCUCCUCAUGUUGAAUCAUUGACAAUGUCUCAUGCUUUGUGGACCGUGUGGCUCCUGGGGGUCGUGAUCAGCCCUUCCAAGGAAGGACCCUCUGGUCAGGCCUCUCUGUCUUGUGACCCAGCUGGUGUCUGUGAUGGCCGUUCCAGGUCUUUCAACUCCAUUCCCUCAGGGCUGUCAGCAGCCGUGAAAAGCCUUGAUCUGUCCAACAACAGGAUCACCUGUGUGAGCCGCAGCAAUCUGCACAGAUGUGUGAACCUCAAGGCUCUGGUGCUGAUGUCCAGUGGAAUUCACGAAAUAGAGGAAGAUGCCUUUCUUUCCCUGGGCAGUCUUGAGCAUUUGGACUUAUCCAAAAAUCACUUGUCUAAAUUAUCAUCCUCUUGGUUCAGGCCCCUUUCCUCCUUGAAAUUCUUAAACUUACUGGGAAAUCCUUACCAAACACUCGGAGAAGCAUCUCUGUUUUCUCACCUCACAAAUUUGCGGAUCUUGAGGGUAGGAAGUGAUGCCUUCACGAGGAUGCAGAAAAUAGACUUUGCCGGACUCACCUUUCUUGAGGAACUUGAGAUUGAGGCAUCAAAUCUUCAGAGUUAUGAGCCACAAAGUCUGAAGUCAGUUCAGAAGAUUAGUCAUCUGGCCCUUCACAUGAGGGAGUCCCUUUUACUGCUGGAGAUUUUCGCAGAUAUUUUAGGUUCUGUGGAACAUAUGGAACUGAGUGGUACCAAUUUGAAUACGUUCAGGUUUUCAGAGCUGCCUGUCAGUGAAGCAAAUCCAUCGAUUAAAAAGUUUACAUUCAGAAAUGUGAAAUUUGCUGAUGAAAGUUUUACUGACAUUCUGAAACUUUCAGGGUAUAUCUCUGAAUUGUUGGAGAUAGAAUUUGAGGACUGCACUUAUAAUGGAAUUGGAAAUUUUAGGACCUCUGGGACAGAAGAAAUGUAUCUAAGAAAAGCAGAAACAAUAAUAAUUCGGAGGCUGUAUAUUCCGAAUUUCUACUUAUUUUAUGAUCUCAGUAAUAUAUAUUUACUCACAGAAAGAUUUAAACGAAUCACACUAGAAAACAGUAAGGUAUUUUUGGUUCCUUGUUCACUUUCACGACAUUUGAAAUCAUUAGAAUACUUGGAUCUCAGUGAAAAUUUGAUGGUUGAAGAAAAUUUGGGAAAUUCAGCCUGUGAGGGUGGCUGGCCAUCCUUACAGACCUUAGUCUUAAGGAAAAAUCAUUUCACAUCAAUAGAAAAAACUGGACAGGUUUUGCUGACUCUGCAAAACCUAACCAGCCUCGAUAUCAGUAAGAACAGUUUUCAUUCUAUGCCUGAAAUUUGUCAGUGGCCAGAAAAACUGAGCGACUUGAACCUGUCUAGCACACAAAUACACAGUUUAACCAGCUGCAUCCCCCAGACGCUGGAAAUCUUAGAUGUGAGCAAUAAUGAUCUCAGUUCUCUUUCUUUGCGUUUGCCUCAACUCAAAGAACUUUACAUUUCUAGAAAUAAGCUGAAGACCCUCCCAGAGGGCUCCCGGUUGCCCGUGUUGCAGGUUUUGAAGAUCAGCAGGAAUGCGAUAAAUACUCUCUCCAAGGAGGAACUGCUUUCCUUUCAGAGACUGAAGGCCUUGGAAGCUGGCGGCAACAGUUUCAUCUGCUCCUGUGACUUCCUGGCCUUCACGCGGGAGCAGCCAGGGCUGCCCGAGGUCCUGAGCGACUGGCCGGCUGGCUACGUGUGCGACUCGCCGUCCCACGUGCGCGGCCAGCGGGUCCGGGACACGCGGCUCUCGGCCUUCGAGUGCCAGCGGGCGAUGCUGGUGUCCGUGGUGUGCUGCGCGCUGCUCCUGCUGCUCCUGCUGGCCGGGGCGCUGUGCCGCCGGCUCCACGGCCUGUGGUACCUGAAGAUGAUGUGGGCCUGGCUGCAGGCCAAGAGGAAGCCGCGCGGAGCCCCCCGCGGCGACCUGUGCUACGAUGCCUUCGUGUCCUACAGCGAGCGCGACGCCUGCUGGGUGGAGGACCUGCUGGUCCGCGAGCUGGAGCACUGCGACCCCCCGCUCCGCCUGUGUCUCCACAAGCGCGACUUCGUCCCGGGCAAGUGGAUCAUCGACAACAUCAUCGACUGCAUCGAAAAGAGCCACAAAACGGUGUUUGUGCUCUCGGAGAACUUCGUGAAGAGCGAGUGGUGUAGGUAUGAACUGGACUUCUCCCACUCCCGCCUCUUUGACGAGAACAACGACGCUGCCAUCCUGGUCCUGCUGGAGCCCAUCGCGAGGCAGGCCGUCCCGCAGCGCUUCUGCAAGCUGCGGAAGAUCAUGAACACCAGGACCUACCUGGAGUGGCCGGCCGAAGAGGCCCGGCGGGAGGGCUUCUGGGCAAACCUGAGGACGGCAAUCAAGGCCUAGGGUCACGCAAGGCCCAUGUUCCACCAACUGGAUCAAGUUCACCGUGACGUGAUUGUGCAAAGGGCGCAGGAAUGCGCGGGAACGGGAAUGGCUCGCUUACUACGACUGCAUUUUUUUUUUUUUCUUUCUUUCUUUCUUUUUUUUUUCUUUCUUUUCUUUUUUUUUUUUUUUUUGUCUAGAGAGCUAUUUUAUAAAAACUGUUACCAGAUUUUUUUAAAUGAUUUUUUCCCUUUAAUGUAGGAGAUAAUCAUGAUCUAAGUCCAUGAUUGGCACCUGAAUAAUCUGUAGCAGUUGGCUUAGUUUGCCAGGAAAUAGCACAAAUGGGCUGCCGAUUGCCAAUGGCUGUGCUGUCAGCUUUCUGCAGAGACUGCUGUCACCUCUUUUGCAACUGAUCUCGAGAUCAACAAGGCGAAAUAUCUCAGGGCACUCAGCCAAACUUGUUGCUAUUCCUAGAAAAAGGGCAGUAUGUUCCCAGUUAAACUUUUCAGUAUGCAAAAUACAUAGAGGGUUUUCAUGUGAACUGUCUUUCUGGGAAUUUGAUAAUUUGUCCAGCCAUAGAGUAUGUAACACAUGAGACAGCAAACAUUGUCUUACUAUCAGAACAAAACCAUUGAGAUAAAUAAAGUAUUUAGUUUGGAAGACUUUGAAAGGCGUCUCCUACAUCCUGACUCUGGUCUUCCUCAGCCUUAGCUACCUGUUGAUUUCUCAUCAGUGUCUGCUUACUAUUGUUGUCUGUUCCCUCACAUGCAUUUGUUGCUUUUCCUUCUGUGAAAAGUCUAGUUUCUAAUUCUUUAAAAACAUUCCAUUUUUUCCUGGAAAUUUUUAAAAAAUUAUGUGAGAGCAAAAUAGAUUUUAAAAUAAUUAUAUACCUAGAGGUUCUUUACCAUGACUCAAAAAUAGUUUGGAACACAAUCUGUACAUAGAUACUACUAUCAUGUGUUACUUUUUAUAAUCAAGACUUAAUAAUACAUUGAAUUUGAAUGUACCAUUGUUUGUUAAGAGCCCUGUCCUGACUCUAUGUGGCUCUCUUCUCCCGACGGUGAAAGGGAAUGAAAGUCCUCUAACCCCAGCUCUGUUCUCAACCAGAACUCAGUUUAUGUGGUUUCCUGGGCUCUGGAUUUAGGAAGACCUGUGUUAGUAGAUGCGUGACGUUGGCUUGAUCUGACUUCCAAUCUGUUCCUGACUUUAAAAUGGGAUGGUGCUCGCUACAAUGCCAGGGUCCUGAGAGUAUGAAAUGCAGUGAUCUACCAAGCCCAUGCUCCCUGGUGACCAUUCCUUUUCAGCUGGGGGUGAGGAGAGCAAGGCUACCAAACCAGUGAGCAUGAGGACCACGGAUGCCUGUGUGGGGCAGGAAGGAUGCUGGUAGUACAUGUCAGCAGAUGGUAUUAUUUUCCAGGAGGUGAUUCAUUUCUUUUUAUAUUAUGGCUUAUAAAUGGAUAUUUUCCUGUUAUGGGUACUAGCAUGGAUAUGAGGGAUCCUGGUGUUUACAGAAAAAUACCCUAAAGAAAGAACUUUGUUAAGUGAUAACAGGCAUGAGUCUUAGAGAGCUCAUGUCGUGCUUCUCUUCCAUACACACUCCCAGGAGAAUGUAGUGGAGGAAACAUAAGCCAGCCAACAAAAAGCCAGACAAGUUCAGAAGAAGGGAACUUGAGGAGAUGCCAGAGAACCAGCACAAUAACAAACCUUCGGCUUUGCUUUCCCAUUUGCUAAUUAGCACCAUAUUAACUAUCACAGCACCAAAUAGACUUAACCUUGACGUGAUCUACAUAUUUAACUUCGAAAAUUUCAACAGCUAUAGCAAUAGCUUCAUAGUUCAUAGGUUUAAAAUUACCUUUAAAAUAAUCUUUUUUUUUUCUUAUUGCAAAUGUUAAACAUUUUCACUAUGGAAAUUUUGGAAAACAGAUAAGAAUAUAUAAAAGAAAAUGAGAGUUCACUCUGAGUCCAUCACCUGGAAUAACCACUGUUAACUUUGUAGUAUAUAACUUGCCAAUAUUUUUUUCAAUGUACAUGUACAUACUACUUUAGAAAAUUAGGAUUAGAUUGUAAAUAAUAUAAACAUACAAAAAUUGUAUCUUUAUUAUUUUUUCUGAGAUUGUUCAGAGAUUGUUGUACAGUAUUUUGGGUCACACGGAAAUAGUGGUGACAGCCUGUGGGCUGUUAGGUAUGCUAGAACCUUUAAUGGCGUUUAGUGGAAGGUAGGUCACUGGGAUGUGUCCAUGAAAGGGACGUGCGCUCCUCGGCCCUUUCCUUUUCCCCACAUUGCUUUCUCACCACCAUGGAGUGGACAGGUCUCCUUGGGCACACACUCCUGCUAUGACAUAUGGCAGGCCCAAAGCUACAAA